AUGGACAAAGCUGCAUUGAGACUAACUUUUUUCAGCCUUCUGUUUACUUGUGUCAACUUGGCUGCUACAAACAAGAAACAAGAUAUUUACAGCUUCAACAUUAACUCUACGGUCACCAGCCACUAUGCUACCACAGUCAUCACAAGCCGUGUGAAAAACUUGUUGAGACACCGUCAAGAGGUCUUGUUUGAGGUCAAGAUACCCAAGAAUGCAUUCAUCAGACAGUUUAGAAUGACCAUAGAGGGGAAGACAUAUGAUGGUGUUGUGAAGGAUAAAAAUGAAGCUCAGUGGGAGUAUGAAAAGGCAAUAUCUCAAGAAGAAAGUGCUGGAUUGAUCAGUGCUGUUGGAAGGACUUUAGAAGACUUUAAAACUUCAGUGACGGUGGCUGCUUUUAGUAAAGUGACUUUUGAGUUGACCUACGAAGAACUGCUAAAGCGUCGCCUUGGCAAAUAUGAGCUCCUCAUCAAUGCCCAACUGAUGCAGCCGGUGGCAGACUUCAAGAUUGAUGUACACAUCCAUGAGAAUCAACAAAUUUCCUCCAUGGAGAUCAAAGGUGGUCUAUAUCUGACCAAUGCUGUCACAAUCAACAUAGCAGGCAAAGAUGCAUGGGUGACGUUCUACCCCACUCGUGACCAGCAAACAAAGUGUGGUGACUGUAGUAUAAAUGGUCUGAAUGGCAGCCUGAUUGUUAUGUAUGAUGUUAAGAGACUAAAACAAAGUGGAGUUCUGAAGGUGUCAAAUGGCUAUUUUGUCCACUUCUUUGCACCUACAGAUAUUCAGCCCAUUUCCAAAAAGGUCGUGUUUAUCAUUGACCAGAGUGGCUCUAUGCGGGGCAAAAAAAUAGAGCAGACUCGUUUGGCAAUGCUGAGUAUUUUGAGUGACCUGGCAGAGGGUGACCUCUUUGGAUUGAUCACGUUCAACUAUCACAUUCAGACCUGGAAACCUUAUCUUCUCACAGCUACUAAAGGAAAUGUGGAAGAAGCAAAGAAGUUUGUGAAGAGAAUUAAAACUGGAGCAAAUAGGUCAUCAGCUGGGGACCACCAGUCAUCGAUGUUUCGCUCCUUUAACCCCAGUACAUCUCCUGGUGGCGGAGCGAUGGCAGGGAUCACUCCCUGCCACCCCCUGCUGAUGCCCUAG